CAGCUAAAAACCAAAUGAGAGCAGCUGCAUGAAUCACUCAGUCAUCCACACUACUAUACUAUACUAUACCCACCGUUUCAUCUUUCUCCCCCUAACUUCAAUUUCUUGGCCUCUCAUCUUCUGAUCUACCCCCUCGAUCGAGCAGCUCAACCUAGCUAACUCAUCGAUCAUAUCCAAACAUGGAACAAACAAGGUACUGGGUGUGGCCUAAACCAAAGCUCGAUUUGAGCUCUUCCUAUGGCGGCGAUUCCUGGGAAGAGCAAGCUUUUGCAGAGGACGCUGCCGGAGCGCUUGGAGGGUGCGUUUGGCCUCCCAGAUCUUAUACCUGCAACUUCUGCAGAAGAGAGUUCCGGUCCGCUCAAGCUCUGGGCGGCCACAUGAACGUCCAUAGAAGAGAUAGGGCAAGGUUGAAGCACUCUCCCCCGUCUCAUAAUGGAGAUUUAAGUGUUCCAACCACUAAUAAUCCCCGCCGGCCCCUUCUCACUCAAGCUUCUACCUUUCUGUACAAUCCCAGUUCUGAUCGUAGAAUUCUUGCGCCGAAUCUGGGGAGUGAAACCUGCUUUCAUCUCCGGGACGAUGAUGGUGUGAAUGGGGAGACGAAGAAGAAGAAGAAGAAUUAUUCAAGAAUUCUAGAAGAUUUGGAGAAGAACAUUAAUUGCGACGAGGACGAUGAGAGGCUAAGAAUGUCCAAGUCAAUUCGUUGUAGGGCUGAAGGAGAAUAUGACAUGGCUGACUUGUCCGGCAGCUUCCGCAAAAGGAGGAGGAUUGAUGAUAGCCUGUUUGGUUGUGAUCCAAAACCGUGUUUGGUUGAGAGAUGCGGCGGCGGCCUCCGUCGUCCCCAGCCCGAAAGGAUCCAUAGCUCCAUAGAACAAGAAUUGGAUCUGGAGCUAAGGCUUGGCAGUAGUCCUCCAAAGGUGAAAUGAAAACUGGUUAAUUUAUUUGGAAACACAGAUUAUAUUAUUUCUUGUUACCAUCUUCUUCUUCUUAGUUUAUCUCUCUGAUCUGAUCUCGAUCACUUUUACAACUUAACCUAAACAUGGAGGCUUUAAUUUAAUUUGCAGACUGUACGUGUGAGUGAGUGAGAGUUGCCAUUGUUGUACUUCUUUAGUAUAUAUGGGUGCAGGGUCUACCAACUACGAAACUGUAUCAUAUCAUCAUAAAAUUAAAGCUUCAAAUUAAUGCAUAUCUGAUCUUCUAUA